AUGCCCUUUCUCCAUUCUUCUCUUCACCAAUUCCAAACUCCUUCUUCUUACUCUCAAUCUCACUCAUCAAACCCUCUCACCUUUAACCAUAACCCUAACAGAAACGGUUACAUCAAGUUCCCAACAACUCACCGUGAAAAUCUCCGUUAUCUAAAAUCCCUAACCAUAAUCCAUCCUAACAACCUCCCUCCCCCCGACGCCGUCCACCACAUCCUCACCACCGUCACUUUCCUCAAAUCACAUUCCUUCUCCGACGCCGACAUCCCCCGUCUCCACCACCACUCUCCCAAACUCUUCUCCACCACCUUCAACCCCACGGACCUCUCCCCCGUCUUCAAUUUCCUCUCUAACGACCUCCUCGCCACCAAUGAAGAAUCCCGCGGCCUCAUCCUCCGCUGUCCCAACCUCCUCUUCACCGACCCCAACCACAUCCUCAAACCAACUCUCAACUUCCUACACGAAAUCGGAAUCCGCGGGUUAAACAAACCAACGAACCGGAACGCGCAUCUGUUGAACACGCGCGUGGAGAAGCUGCGGCUGAGGGUGAGAUUCAUGGAGGAGGUGGUGGGGUUUUCUUACGACGAAGCGGUUAAUGCAGUUGUGAGGCUGCCGGCGAUAUUGGGAUACGAUGUGGAGAAUAAUUUGUGGCCCAAGUUUGUGUAUUUGGUGAAAGAGAUGGAGAGGGAUUUGGAGGAGUUGAAGAAGUUUCCUCAGUUUUUUGGGUUUAGUUUAGAGAAGAGGAUUGUGCCAAGGCAUUUGCAUUUGAAGGAAAGAGGUGUUAGGAUUCCUUUGAAUAGAAUGCUCAUGUGGGGGGAUCAGAAAUUCUAUGCCAAGUGGAAGUGA